AUGGCUACCUACAGCAUCAUCAAGGGGAGCAGGCGUUACUGCUUUAUUCAUAGUGCGGGCCAUGUGCAGAUAACCAGAAAAGGGCACGUCAAGUGGCGCAAAGGGGUCACUCAAAGCGACGCGAGGCAUUACGCUGUGGAAGCAACUAGCCUCCUGGAGGUAAAAAGAAAUGGGGUAAAUUUCCUCAUACGUGGUGAGGACAGCACUGCCGAAGUGGGCCUCCCAAAUGAAAAGGAGUUACAUCAAGGGGUAAACACCUCCUCACCGAAAAAUGGCACCAUAAAAACGAGAGGACUGCUAAGCAUAGACGCAGCAGACGCAGAAAUAAUGAUCCAUAUAGUAACACAUUUAGAAACUGCAAAAAAGACGAAUAGGAGCUUCCUGGAUUUCCUCACACUAUCCACCCUACACAAACAGGAGAUUGAAAAGGAGCAAAAGAGAUUCUACUGGAAGGACAAAAUUAGGGACCACCUGAGAGAGUACCUCCACUUCGCAAUAAAGAACAACCACUACAAUUAUUUGUUUAAAAUUUACCAGUUAACUUGCCUGUACAAAAUAGACGACCUAGAAUUGCUCCGAGAACUGCUUGAGCAGAUACUUAUCCACACAUCCAAUGAGGAAGAAAAAGUCAUUCACUGCUACUGGAUCGUAAAAGAACUAACUGGAAAAAAAAAACAUGAUAUGAUUAUUGCUGUGUUGCUAGCCAAGUACCUUUUCAACGAUUCUUUUUUUAAUUUCCUCCAAAGGAAUGCAUGCAUCAACACCAGCUUUGUAACUUUGCUAAGUUAUGUGUCCGACUCGAUUGGGUAUUAUCCAGACAGGUCUGUCCUACCCUCACUCCACUGCACGCUGAAAAAGUACGCUCGCCAUUUUAACAGCCGAUUGGAAAAGGACAUAGAACCAAAAAUGGUGAACAAUGUAGAGGAGCUAGCAAAGGUGCAGGAAAUCUUUCUAAGAAACGGCUUCUGCGAUGAUGACUUUAAUUUGUUAAUUAAACGGCUUGUACUGACUUCUACUUCGUAUGUCAACCCGUUCGACUUACUGGUGCUCUCCUCCAAUGUGCUUCUUAACUUUGCAUGCAGUUACCACUCGUUUCUCUUUCCUAGUGAGCAGCAGGGGGGAGCCACACAUCUGGAAGGAAGAAGCUUCCCCAACAGGGACAAUUCCCCCAAUGGGGACAACUUCUCCAAACGGUACAGAAACUUCCUCUCCGCCAAGACCAUGACAGACGUGGUUAUCAGAACGAACGACCCCUAUAUCGCCAACACGUGCAAUGAGCUGGAGUACAUCCAGAGGUAUCUUCUUCUCUGCUCUUACUGCCACUUCACUUUGUUUUCUAACUGGUGGGCCGACACGGUAAUUUUUGAUAGACUGAAAAAGAAAAGAAGGCCUCACAAGGCAGUGGUGCGGUCGAGAAUGCCAUACAAAAGUCACCUUGCCGAUCAGGUGUCGCACUUGCUUGGCGUGCUUCUGUACAAAUAUGGAAAUUCGGGCCAGAAAGAAGUACACCCCUAUGUAGCCGUUGACGCAGUGCAAAGCAGACCAGACGGCAAUCCUCCAGAAUGCUCCAUAUCGAAGUAUCUACCCUACCUGCUCAAAUCCUUCAUGCGGGUGGGUAUAAUAAAACCUGAAAUUAUAAGCAACGAAUCAUUCAUCCUAUUUUUCGAAGAAAUAUUUUUGCACCUAGUUGAUGUGUCCGUUGCAAAAUAUAAGCAAGGCAGAAGGGGAAGAGGUGUGGAUGCAAACAAUCAGGGCAGUCGCACAGACAGCGCAGUAUUCAAAGUGACAAGAGAGUGUGCCCCCCACUAUGGUACCCACCCAGGGGAUAACUUAAAGAGGGAAGAGCGUAACAUCCUUCCAUCGGCUAAUCAUAAACCACUGUACACGAAGGACGAAUUAAGUCUGUAUGAUCUGAGCUCCAUCUGUGAGUGUUUCUUUCUGGUGAAACUAAUGCAGGGAGGUGUCUCUCCCGGACGUAGAAUGCUCGCACGAAAGGGGCUAUCCCUCCUCCACACAUCAUCCAAUGAGAGGGAAAAACAGAGUAAUUGCCCAUUGGACAAAUCUCGAGACGCAUUCGAAAAAACACUGUAUAUAUUUCUGGAGAGGCUACCCCCUUCAAGUCAACUGCAUCUAAAUGAUCACCGCUGCCAUCCGUUGGACAAACAAGACAUACUUAAAGAAUUGAUAAAUAAAAUAAAAUCCUGCGCUGAACCCGUUUUUCUCUACUACUUAUUGUUACGAACAAUAUUACCGAUUCUAUUUUGUGAUACCCGUGAGGAUUCUUUAGAUGUGACAAAAAGGACAAUUUCGUGCAUCCUUUCGUUACCAUUUCGAACAAACAUCAUUGUGAAAGGGUCAUCCCCUUCACAGGGAUGUGACUCAACACACGAGCAGUUCCAUCACAUUUUAAAGGGACUCACUCAGUGGGAAAAUUGUGUCAUAUCUAUAAACAGCCAAAGAAGAAUUCGAAUGCAAACAAAACGGAAGGGUCUUCCAUUUGAUUUUCUCUACGCCGGUGACUUUCUUCGACCUUCGUCUAUUUUUUUGCUUUGCCUUAAUGAGAUGGUGAAAUGGGAACACGUGUACCUACCCUUUUUGCAGGAAAUUUUUAUCUCUGACCACUUCUCCGAAGGGGAUAAGGCGAGCUUCUCCGAUCUCGUACGGGGCGCGCGCGACUCGGUCGAUUUUAGCGUCUUUAGAUUCUUAAGGGAAAGGCGGGCUUAG